ACUAUUUUUUUUUCUUCUUAUAAAUGUGUUGCAUGAUGUCAGUCGAAUUUGGCCUUAAAAUUUGUGCAAAAAUCAUAAAUUUAGUUAGUUUUUAAAGAAAUAAGUAAAUUCUAUUUAAAAAACCAAAGCAAAUUAAACUAUCUACUAUGUUGCGAUUAGCUUAUGGAAAUGCAAACAGGGAAACUAGAAAACGCGUUGUGGCUAUGUCCACCAAAGUCAUAUCCCUAAACUACUCAACAAUCUACAAUUCUCAAAGCGGACAAAAGAGAAAACCAUUACUUAAUGUCUAUGGCCACAGAUUUGGGCCAACACAACAACUACCACCACGAGCCAAUUCCAGGGGCUAUGGAAUGUUGGUGGUUCGAAUCCUACGAGGUGCAUUAAAACUGCGAUACAUUGUUUUGGGUGGUGCCAUUAGUGGCGGUGUCACACUCGGUAAGAAAUAUGACGAGUGGAAAGAUGGCUUACCCGAUUUAAAGUGGCUACAAGAUGCUUUGCCACAAGGAGAAAAAUGGAGUGGUUUUAAUAAGAAACUUUUGGAAGUUGGAGGACUUGUAAAGAAUGCUAUCGAAAUAGAUCCAAAACUUAAACAACUCGGGGAAGAAAAAUUAGCCGAAUGGAGAAUGUGGUUUGAUACCCGUUUGGAAGACGCUAUUGAGGCUGCCGAUACUCAAGGAAUCAAUAUCAUUGAAGAAUCAAAGGAUGACUUGAAGGGAAAGGCAACCGUCAAUGCUAUAGGUUUAUCUAAAGAUGAUAGCCGAAAAAAGUAUGAAAAUCUUCAAUCGCAAGUAGAAACUUUGCAAACCGAAAUAAUGAACGUUCAGAUAAAAUACCAAAAAGAACUCGAAAAAAUGGAGAAAGAAAAUCGAGAACUCCGUCAACAAUAUUUAAUAUUGAAGACUAACCGAAAAACUUCGGUUAAAAAAAUCAAAAAAUCUCUUAUUGAUAUGUAUUCAGAAGUGCUGGAUGAACUUUCAGGUUACGAUACGAGCUAUUCAACAGCUGAUCAUUUGCCGCGAGUUGUUGUCGUAGGUGAUCAGAGCAGCGGUAAAACAUCUGUUCUAGAGUCAAUAGCCAAGGCUAGAAUCUUCCCUCGUGGAAGUGGAGAAAUGAUGACUCGUGCUCCUGUUAAAGUCACCCUUUCAGAAGGGCCCUAUCAUAUAGCACAAUUUCGUGAUUCUGAUAGAGAGUAUGAUUUAACUAAAGAAUCGGAUCUAUCUGAUUUGCGAAGGGAAAUAGAACUCAGAAUGCGUGCCUCGGUUCGGGGUGGCAAAACAGUCAGUAAUGAGGUUAUUUCGAUGACUGUAAAAGGUCCUGGCUUGCAAAGGAUGGUGCUGGUGGAUUUGCCAGGUAUAAUUGCUACAAUGACUGUUGAUAUGGCCGCUGAUACAAAAGAUUCCAUUCAUCACAUGACCAAACAUUACAUGAGCAAUCCCAAUGCUAUUAUUUUGUGUAUUCAGGAUGGUUCUGUUGAUGCUGAGCGAAGCAAUGUGACUGAAAUGGUAACCCAGUGCGAUCCUUUGGGAAGACGAACGAUAUUUGUUCUAACAAAAGUAGAUUUAGCUGAAGAACUUGCAGACCCUGACAGGAUAAGAAAAAUACUCUCAGGAAAAUUGUUUCCUAUGAAGGCUUUGGGCUAUUAUGCAGUGGUUACCGGAAGAGGAAGAAAAGAUGACAGUAUUGAAGCAAUUCGUCAAUAUGAAGAAGACUUUUUCAAAAACUCCAAACUUUUCCAUCGAAGAGGAGUUAUAAUGCCGCAUCAAGUAACGAGUCGCAAUUUGAGUUUAGCUAUAUCAGAUCGUUUUUGGAAAAUGGUUCGUGAAACAAUCGAGCAGCAGGCAGAUGCUUUUAAAGCAACCAGAUUUAAUCUUGAAACUGAAUGGAAGAACAAUUUCCCAAGGCUAAGGGAAUCAGGAAGAGAUGAAUUGUUUGACAAAGCCAAAGGAGAAAUUCUAGACGAAGUUAUCAGCCUUUCCCAGGUCUCUGCUAAGAAGUGGGAGGAGGCACUCACAAACAAAUUGUGGGACAAACUAUCCAAUUAUGUGUUUGAAAACAUUUAUCUUCCGGCCGCUCAGUCAGGUUCUCAAAAUUCUUUCAAUACAAUGGUGGAUAUUAAAUUGAGACAAUGGGCGGAACAAGCACUUCCUGCUAAAUCAGUUGAAGCAGGUUGGGAAACACUUCAAAAAGAAUUUACGGAUCUCAUUGAAAAGGCUAAAAAAUCACCAGAUCAUGAUGAUAUAUUUGAUAACCUUAAAACAGCUGUGGUAGACGAGUCAAUACGACGUCAUUCAUGGGAAGACAAAGCAAUCGAUAUGCUUCGCGUUAUACAACUCAAUACGCUUGAAGAUCGUUUCGUUCAUGAUAAAAGCGAAUGGGACCAAGCUGUAAAAUUCCUAGAAAAUUCCGUUAAAAAUAAGUUGCAGUACACAGAAGAGACUCUCAAUGAAAUGCUUGGUCCAUCUCAAUUUACUCGUAUUACCCGAUGGAAAUACCUAACAGAAGAUCAAAGCCGUCGGCGUCACGUUAAGAGUGAAUUAGAUAAAAUACUCCAAAGCGAUGAGAAACAUCUUCCAACACUUACUUAUGAUGAGCUAACUACUGUUCGUAAGAACCUCCAAAGAUCCGGUGUAGAAGUUGAUACUGAUUACAUUAGACAAACUUGGUUCCCAGUCUAUAGAAAACAUUUUCUAAAACAGUCCUUACAUAGGGCAAGUGACUGCCGUAAAGCUUUUUAUCUAUACAGUCAACAGGGGACUGAUUGUGAGAUAAGCUGUAAUGAUGUUGUUCUAUUUUGGCGAAUACAACAAGUGAUCAAAGUAACUGCCAAUGCAUUGAGGCAACAAGUUAUUAACCGAGAAGCAAGGCGUUUAGACAAGGAAAUUAAAGAAGUUUUGGAUGAAUUCAGCGAAGAUAAUGAAAAGAAGUCACAGCUUUUGACGGGAAAGAGAGUUACCCUAGCAGAAGAAUUGAUUAAAGUGCGUCAUAUUCAAGAAAAACUAGAAGAAUUCAUAAACUCAUUAAAUCAAGAAAAAUAAUUUAUUAAUAAAAAAAGUUCAUAAUUCUCGUAGUCGUAGAUUUUUUUUUUGUUUAAUCAAAUAUUGUUUUUAUUGACUUAAUUUCUUAAAGCUACAUCGUAUUAAUUUCCAUGCUGAAAUGAAAAUAAAAUGCUACCAAAAAUUGA